AUUUUAUACUCACUUUAACUAAUAAUUCAAAAUGAUUUCCUCGAUACCUUUGCUAUUGUCGUUACUGGCACUAGCAUCCGGUACUUCAAUACAGCAGGCCACAAACAAUACAGAGGAAGUUGGCAUUUCUUGUACUAUUAAAGAAUACUCACAAGUAGAGGCUGUACUGAAAUACUGCACUAAUAUUAUUUUAAGCAAUGUAGAAGUACCUAGUGGAAAAUCUUUAAACUUACAUUUAAGAGAUGGUUCAACUUUGACUGUCAGGGGUACUAUUAGUUUUGAUGUUGGACACUACGAUAUAUGGUUGGUUACUAUUUCUGGAAAUAAUAUUAAAGUAAUUGGAGAAAAAGGUUCACUUUUUCAUGGUCACGGUGAGAAAUACUGGGACGGCCACGGAGGUAGUGGCGGCGUUAAAAAACCAAAACUGCUACAAAUCACAAAUGUCAACAAUGGUCAUUUCAGCAACAUUCGCUUGAGGAAUUGCCCAAUGUUCUGUACAGGCAUAACCAAGGUUAAAGAUUUGACAAUAGAUGGAUGGAACGCUGAUUGUGCCGAAGGAGACAAAUUGGGAAGAAAUACUGACGGAAUAGGCAUCUCUUGGGCUGAAAAUGUACACAUAAACAACGUUUACAUCCAUAACCAAGACCAGUGUUUGUAUGUCAACCAAGGAUCUAAUAUGGUCUUCACAGACAUCCACUGUGUUAAUUCUAAUGGUAUUUGCGCUACAGCGGGCUUUAGCAAAACUUCAUAUGAAGAAAACACUACUAAAAACAUAACAUUCCACAAUUGCGUUUUGGAAGGAGGGCUUACAGGUGUUCAGGUUAUAGCGAUGGCUGAUGGUGGAGCAGGAGAAUUGACGGAUAUUAGUUUUCAGAACGUCAUUCUUAAAGGUGUUAGACAACAAGGAGUCUACGUACAAAUGGACUUUGGUAACAACGGUCAUCCCAACAACAAUAUAGCACUCAAAGGACUAAAAUUGUCACACAUCAGCGGAACCGUUUCAGGCAACUCAGCUAGACCUUACUACAUUGUAUGUGGUAAAAAGUGUUCAGACUGGAAGUUCAACGAUGUUCACGUGACAGGGGGAGGCGUCCAUAGCUCAUGUAAUUAUAAGCCAGCUGGAUUUAACUGUUAGAUAAUUGGAUAUUGUACAAAUUAGGAUAUAAAUAUAUGUAAUAUAUUAUUAUUAAAUCA